AAUUAUUGUUAUGGACUGGUCGAGAAACUAAUAGUCCUGACGCGAGAAGGCGGAAAUCAGAAGACCACUAGGUUUGCGAUGAUACUUCUAUUGUCCAAACACAAGGAGACGAAAAUAAAUGGUCUCACACCAAAGUGGCAUCGAGCGUUAGUCGGUGAAUGUUUAGCUGCUCUGGCAUCUGCAUUUCCUGUUGCUUUUCUUGAGCCUACUUUAAGCCGUAAUAACCCGCUUUCAAUUACAUUCAAUAAUCGUGGUGGUGAUUAUAGUCUUGAGGCUAGAGAUGUUCUUGAACAACUAUCCAAAACAACCGGAAAUUUACAAAGUAUUAUUGAACAAGUUGAACGUUUAGCUGAAGCUGGAGCCCUUGGUGCUGCUGAAGCACCACAUCUUAUCGAAGUUACACUACCUAUGCUUUGCUCUUAUCUUCCAAAUUGGUGGCGUAAAGGACCUGAAUGUAUGGCAGUGAAAACAUGUAUGGAUGGUUCAGCCGAAGGUGAAUUGGGUCAAGAGACUGGCGCGACAAAUAUUAUACCAAAAACAAAACAAAAUAAUAUUUUAGCUGGAGCAAUUGGACCAUUGACAACAGUCACAGCUGAUUUAAUGAAUCGUGUACUUGGUAGUGUGUUGCAGCUAAUUCAAACAAAUAUUGAUUCACAACAUGCACCAUGGAUGACUAGAAUUGCUACACGUACCCAGCCAAUUGUAGCUAAUUCAACAGCUGAUAUGCUUGGUCAAUACUUUCUACCCGUAUCUGAACGACUUCUUGAACAUGCAUUAAUUGUUGAAAGAGUUGAAGAAGCCUAUCGAAUGGAGAAACGUGCAGGUUCUGAAACUGUUGGUGAACGUGAAGAAGAACUCUCCUGUUUGGUUGAAAUUCUUGUACGCAAUUUAUUUGCAUUUUAUCCUCUAUUAAUUAAAUUUGUUGAUCGUCAUCGUAGUGCAUGGUUGAAAAAGCCAACAAAUGAAACACAACGUUUAUUCACAGCUGUUGCACGAAUGUUUCUUGUCUGGGCAAGAGCAACGAAAUUUAAACGAGAAGAAGAGAAUUUUGUUAGUGCCCAUGAAAUUGACCACUUGUCAUUGAUUGUACCAAGUGGUGGAAGUUUAGCCCCAAGUAUUAAUCGUAGUCGAACUCAAACAAAUGGUCGUAGUGAAUCAAGCAGUUUGAAACCAGGUAAAAAGGCUAAAAUUGGUCCGCAUACAAGUUUAACCGUGGCCUGUAUUAAACGUCUUCUACCUGUUGGUCUGAGUCAACUUGGUGGACGUGAACAAGAACUUGUGCUAUGCGCAAAAAGGAAACUGAUUAGAGAAACACUUAGUUUAACUGGUGAAAGAGGUUUGGAGCAUACAAUGCAGCGAGAAAGUGAUGCCAUUAUUGAAGCUUAUCUAAAUGAUGCUUUGGAUCAAGGAGGAGAUAUUGAUCAUAGAACUCAAAAGUGGCAAAAGUUAUUAUAUCGAAAAAUUGAUCAGACAAUAGCGAUAACUGGUCGACACGCUGAACUAGCUGCAUCCAGUCGAUCAGAAAUGGUUGAUCGAAUUUUAAUCCUGUCUAAAGUGAUGCAUGGUUUGUAUUUGGUUGAUCAUCCACCGGCAGUAACUAAAGGUGCUUGGAAAAAAUUAGUUUCAUCCCAACGUAAACGUGCUGUUAUGGCAUGCUUUCGCAUGGUUCCACUCUAUGCAAUGCCAACUCAUCGUGUAAUGAAUUUAUUCCUAAAAGGCUACAUUACUGAAUGGUUAGAUUAUGAAGAAUCAUUAGGUGUUAAAUUAAUUGAAGAUGUAACUAGUGGUGCAUUAUUAAAAGAUUUAUCAAAAUCAUAUGAUCCAUCUUCAUCAUCAUCAUCGCCAUCGGCAGCAGCAGGAGUAGCAGGAACAAUGAUAACAAGUGGUACUGGGGAAUGUUCCCCUGGCAGUGCUACACAUCCUACUGAAACUGGUCAAAAGAGUUCAGAAGCUGAGUCUGGUGGAACACAUGAUGCGUCUAUGAUGGAUUCAACUCUGGAAUUAGAAGUAUCAGCUCAUUCACAUGAUCCUGGAUUAUCUAUGACUUCAGAGGUUAAAAAAUCGGCUAGUCUACAGGCGAAACCAUUACCAGUCAAUCAAUACGUCUAUGGACAAGAUUCUGCAACAUCGAAACCUGAUCCAUUAACUCAACUAUUGACAGCUUUAUGUCGUUCAGCCUCUGAACAAGCACCAGAUGAUCCACUCUAUUUAGCUUAUGCUAAGAUUAUGGGAAAGAGUUGUAGUGGUGAAGAUGAAGACGAGGAUGAAGAGAAUGCUAAUGAAGAAGGUUCCAGUUUCCAAGAACAAGAAGAACAAAAACAACAAUUGUUGAGUGAACAAAAUCGUCUUGCAGAACGUGGUGCAGCUGAAAUGGUUCUACUACAGUUAGCUGCAUCAAAAGGCGAGUCUACACCAGUUGCUCAGGCAAGUAUUGAAUUGGGCAUAGCUUUACUACUUGGUGGAAAUGUUGAUGUACAAGGACGUAUGUUAGACUAUUUAAUGAGGAAAAAGUUAUCCGGUUUCUUUACAAGUUUAGCUGGUCUUACACAAAAAUGCUCAGUAUUAGAUUUGGAUACAUUUGAAAGAUGCAAUAAAGCUGAAGGCUUAGCUGUUGGUCUGUCUGAUAUGGAAGGUAUAACAAACUUAUACGAUGCUGAUUUCACCUGUAAAAUUUUCCGAUUUUUACAACUACUCUGUGAAGGACAUAAUCUAGCUUUUCAAGAUUAUUUACGUACACAAGCGGGGAAUACAGUUUCAGUGAAUUUAAUUAUAUCAACCGUCGAUUAUCUGUUACGUUUACAAGAAUCUAUUAUGGAUUUCUAUUGGCAUUAUUCAAAUAAAGAGACAAUAGAUGAAGCUGGUAAAAGUAGUUUUGUCCGAGCAAUUAAAAUUGGUAAACAAGUAUUUCGUAGUUUAACUGAAUAUAUACAAGGUCCAUGUAUUGGUAAUCAAUUAGCCCUGGCGCAUAGUCGUCUAUGGGAUGCUGUAGCUGGUUUUAUUUAUGUCUCAGCACAAAUGCAAGACAAGCUGAGUCGUGAUCCAGAUCAACUAGAUUUAUUAAGAGAAUUUCUUAAUCUACAAAAAGAAUUAAUGAUUAUGUUAUUGUCUAUGCUUGAAGGGAAUGUUGUUAAUGGACCAAUUGCUAAACAGAUGGUUGACACGUUAACUGAAUCAUCAGCUAAUGUUGAGAUGAUUCUUAAAUUUUUCGACAUCUUCCUUCGAAUGAAGGUGAUCACCACUUCUGAAGCAUUUUUAGCUUUCGAUGUAAAUGGUGAUGGUUGGAUUUCCCAUAGAGAAUUUCGUCUAGCCUUAGAACAACAGAAAACGUAUACACCAGAAGAAAUUAGUUAUAUCAUUGCUUGUGUCGAUAAUAAUGCAGACGGAAAAGUUGAUUUUAAAGAAUUCACUGAAAGAUUUUAUAAUCCAGCUGAAGAUAUUGGCUUUAAUUUAGCCCUAUUGUUAACUAAUCUAUCAGAACAUGUACCAUUCGAUCCAAGACUGGAAAGAUUAAUUGAAAAAGCUCGUGGCGUUUUAGACGUCUUUGAACCUCAUUUAGGUCGUAUAGAAAUUACUGGCUCAAAUGGUCGUAUUGAACGUGUCUACUUUGAAAUACGUCAACAGCAUAUUGAUCAAUGGGAAGCACCACAGAUUAAAGAAUCAAAAAGAUCCUUUUUACAUGCUGUUGUCGGUGAAAGUGGUGAUAAAGAGAAGUUGGAGUGUUUUGUCAACUUUUGUGAAGAUACAAUCUUUGAAAUGCAACAUGCUCAAUCGAUUAGUGGAGAUGAGGCGGAUAUAGCUUUGAAUCGCGUUGCUGCAUUUAAUCGUUUCUUGGAGAUCACUCAUCUGGCGUUUAUUGGGCAUAUAUUUGCUGCUAUCUUUCAUUGUAUACGACCAUCACAAAUCUCAGCUAGUUGGAGUGCAUUACGUCAAAUGUCUAUGCCAGAUAUUAUGCUAACAAUACUUGGUUUAAUUGUUGGUUUGUUAAUUUGUGUUGGCAGAUUCACCUCACAUAUUAUUCAUUUAUGCUGGUAUAUUAUUGUAGCACUUGCUACUGAUAUUAGCCAGAAGAAACCACCUACGCAUCGUACUUCAGCUGUACGUGCAUUAAUCCCAUGGGCUGGUGAUCGAAGUACGUAUACGAGAAUGCCAGCAACAGGAACUAUGCAACAACAUCAUCAUUAUCAUCCAAGUGAGAUAGAUAAAGAACAACAAUGGUGGCUACUAUCAGAAGAUCAACAAUUGAUCAUUGAACGUGCUGAUCCAGUACAUUUAGCUACUAUCGAAGAAGAAUAUGCAAAUAUAAGAUCUACAACAUAUGGGAAUACAUUGUAUGCGAAUAAUACACCUGGAGGGGAUGUUUCACCUAAAGUAUCAAGUACUUUAAGAAGUAGCAAUCUACCAAAUGGUUUAUGCAGUCCAAAUGUAAGAACACCGACAGUAACAACACCUCCCACCACUUCUCCCGCCAGUCCUGCUUCUCCUAGUAAUACACCUACAAGUGCUACUCAUCCUGCUGAAGAUGAUAAACCAAAAUUCAAUACAAGAAAUUAUGUCAUUUCAAUGUUUGCUAGUAAUUUUUAUCGAUUCAAAAUUAGUGCACUUAUACUGGCAUUUGUCAUCAACUUCUUACUGUUAUUCUUCAGGGUACAUCAAGCUACUGUAGAAGGCUUAAAUGAUGAAGAUGGUGAUAAUGGUGAAAAAUUACCUGGUAGUAUAGAUGGUGAUGAAGAAGAAGUUUAUGAAUGGAUUACAAGUGAAACGGAUUCAUAUAUUGGUCCAUUGAUAGCAAUACUUGCCGCUGUUCAUUCUAUACUGUCAUUCAGUACACUUGUAGCUUAUUAUUACUUGAAGGUCCCUCUAGUUAUAUUUAAACGUGAAAAAGAAAUAUCUAGAAUGCUUGAAUUUGAAGGUAUGUGGAUAUCAUCACAACCAGCUGAGGAUAAUUUACGCGCACACUGGGAUAAAUUAGUCUUGUCAACACCAUCAUUUCCACAAAUGUAUUGGGAUAAAUUUGUUAAAAAGAAAGUACGUAAUAAAUAUUCAAUUCAAUAUGAUUAUGAUGAAAUUACAACCCUGUUGGGUAUGGAUAAAACAAGUCUGGAUACGGAAAAUGAUGGUGCCGGUUUUUCGAGAUUUUUCAGUGGAAUUGAUUUACAAUAUCUAGUCUGGAAAUGGGGAGUCGUUUUCACGGAUAUCUCUUUCCUCUAUCUGGCAGUUUAUUUUGCUGCAUCCGCAUUUGGCAAUUUGAAUUACUUCUUAUACGCUUGUCAUUUACUGGAUGUAGCUGUCUCGUUUAAAACAUUGAGAACAAUUAUUCAAUCUGUAACGCAUAAUGGCAAACAACUUGUAUUGACUGUUAUGUUGACAUCGAUUGUCAUCUAUCUAUACACAGUGAUUGCGUUUAAUUUCUUCCGUAAAUUCUAUGUGAAAGAUAAUGAUGGUACACCUGAUCCAAAAUGUAAUGAUAUGAAAACGUGUUUCAUAUUUCAUUUACACACGGGAUUAAGAGCUGGUGGUGGAAUCGGUGAUGAAAUUGAAGCACCUGAUGGUGAUGAAUCAGAGAGUUAUCGAAUCCUGUUCGAUUUAACUUUCUUCUUCUUUGUCAUUAUUAUCCUGCUGGCUAUUAUUCAAGGUCUUAUUAUUGAUGCAUUUGGUGAUUUGAGAGAUCAACUGGAACAAGUGAAAGAAGAUUUGGAGUCGAAAUGUUUCAUCUGUGGUAUUGGUAAAGAAUACUUUGAUAAAAUGCCGCAUGGUUUUGAAAAACAUGUUGAAAAAGAACACAAUUUUGCAAAUUAUAUGUACUUUUUAAUGCAUAUAAUCAAUAAACCGGAUACAGAAUAUACUGGUCAGGAAACUUAUGUUUGGGAAUUAUAUCAACAAAGAUGUUGGGAUUUCUUCCCUAUUGGUGAUUGUUUCCGUAAACAAUAUGAAGAAGAAUUACAACCGAAAUAGUUUGUCCUUUUUCUAGGAUAAAAGACAAUGUUUUUUAUGCAGUGCAGUACAUACAGUGAUAACGACAUGAUUACAUAAUGAGAUAUCUCCUCCUUUUAACUAUCGAUUCAUGCAUCCAUCCAUCCAUCCAUCUAUCUGACCAUCUUGAGUGAUGAGUAAUAGUUAAAACAUGCAAGUAGCCUAAGCAAGUGAAUGAAAUAACUCUACAAACAAUAAUAUAGACACAUUAGACAGUGUGGUAUGUCAAUAUCUUCAGGAUUGAAAUGAUAACAUUAAGAAAAAGAAACACUUAGGAUACACAAUACUUUUUGUCCUCUUUCCCAUCGUUCCCAACCGCCCUCCGCCCCACACCUUGAACUAUUUCUGCCUUUUAUUUUCAUUUAUGUGUGUAUUCCCAAGUUUCUCAAAAAAAACAAGCCAACACAAAGAUUUGCCUUCAUCCAAAGAAAAAAUGAUUUGCUUACUACUUAGGAAAGAGUGAACCUAUCUCUCACAGCUUAAAUUCACUCUCCUUCUGUCUUUUUUUCUCUUUGUGUUAUCGUUCACCCGCCCCCCACCCCCCAACCUUUCAUAUAUAUACACACACACACUGACCUUUAUUCCUUUUCACAACUUUUGAUUGAGUACGAUGGCGGUGGUAAUCAUCACCGUCCGCCAAAAAAACAGUAGUUAGUAGAAGUAUUUAGAAGUGGAUAGUAGGCAUUGGAAAAGCAAGUAUACAAAAUAUAUUUAAAUAUACAAUUUACUUAUAUAAUUAAUUAUAUGCGAAAAUACAACCAAAUAAACCACACUACAAAAAAGUAAAUAAAACAGCAUGCGGGGGGGGUGGUGGUUGAUACAAAACCCCCUGACUACUGAUUAGCUUUUAAUUUUUUCUCGCCAACCUCUUAAUGCAUGCAAUGCAAUUUAUUUAAACAAUGUUGUUUAAUCACAGUUGAAUAAAACUGUGUUAAAUUUGAUAAUUAGUUAUUAGAAUAAAUGAAUGAAUAAAUUAAAUAAUAAUAAU